UAAAACUCAACAUACACUUCAUUGAAUAGCUAGCUUUGAAAACUCAUGGCAUACAAUGUUUCUUCAACUUCUUUUACAUCCAACAUUUCCCAACAAAUCCACGACGUUUUCAUUAGCUUUAGAGGCGACGACACUCGGUAUACAUUUACCAGCCAUCUUUUGGCCGCAUUAAGCAGACAUCAAGUCCAAACUUACCUUGACAAAGAGAUUGAAAGAGGUGAUGAAAUAUCACCGUCACUUCUAAAGGCAAUCAAUGAUGCCAAAUUAUCCAUAGUUGUAUUCUCAGAAAAUUUUGCUUCUUCUAGAUGGUGUUUGGAAGAGCUUGUGAAAAUCUUGGAAUGUAAGAAAAAUAAUGGACAGAUUUUAGUGCCAAUUUUCUAUCAUGUACAUCCAACACAAGUAAGGAAUCAGACGGGUAGCUAUGCACUUAACUUGGUGGAGCAUGAACAACUUAGAGAUAUGAACAAAGUUCAAACAUGGCGGCUAGCUUUGAAAGAGGCAGCAAAUUUUUCUGGCUGGGAUUGCUUAGGCACAAGGAUUGAGUCCGAACUGGUAGAGCAAAUUGCAAUUGACGUAUUGCAAAAGUUGGACUCUAUAACAAGUGGGGGAUUAGAACGACGUGUCAACACAUAUAGACAAAUUGCACAACAAAAAUUGGAGAAAUCAUUGAGAACUGGUAAUCUUGCAGACAUUGAUGAUCUAGUCAAAACAUUAUACCAACUUGCAGAACUAAAAUUAGAGAAAGCCACACGUUCAGAUGAUUUAGGUGUUUGGGAUGAUCUUAUGGCUACAUAUGAACGUAUCUUACAACUUAAACAAGACAAGUGGAUGCGAACAUAUAGUACAAAAGAUUUAGAGGAUUUUAAGGCUACAAGGAAUCAUGUAUUGUAUAUUCAGAGAGAGCAAUUCAAUCGUAAGAUGGGGAUCCGUGGUAUAUAGAUAGAAAUGUAUUAAGAGGAGCUCUCCCUAGUUUCGGAGGUGCCUCCUGCCCCUUCUCUUUCUAGGACUCUUGAGUCCUAUUCUCAUCAUUUUGUGACUAGUGAGGUAGUAGUUACUGUUUGAUACAAGAUUUUAAAUUGUUUGGGUUAAUGUGUUGUUUUACCUACAAGAUUUUUCUCUGGAUGGUCUUUGAUUGGAUGGUCUUUGAUUGUGUUAUUGGUCCAAGUGGUUUGAGCUCUAACUUGAUCCGUCCUUGAAGUAUAGUGUGAUUAGAAGAUGGUUUUGAGCCCAAAACAUUUUGGGACAAACACAAGUGCCUAACCACUAGGCCAUGCAUUUUAUAUGUGUUAUGCUUUACAAUUUUCAUCCCACUAAUUGGAGGUUUGUUAGCCGUAAACAACGGGUUUUUGGUGAGAACAACAAGAAUGGAGAGUUUGUUAGUUUGAUUCUUCAGAUCCACGACCAUCGUGUAGCAACCGACCUAAAAUUUUAAGGUAAA